AUGCCUCGAGAGCCGCCUCCAUGGAGAGGUGCGCGCAUCAUCAUCCAAGGGAGAAAAGCCUCUCUCGUGAGUGAAGGAGGUGUUGCCAUCGCGAAUACAGUCGGAAAUCUUCACGGCGGCGGUUACUUCAAUGGCGAACGGCAACCCUUAGGCGACUGGGUGAUCACCAGCGUCCUGGCCCGCGGCACACUCCUUUGGGAUAGAGACUGCUUUCAGCCACUCGAGCACCGAUUUCAAUCCAUGCAUGAGCACCACUCUGAAGAAUCCGGUGAUUGUUCGACUCCACAACGUUUACUGGUCGGCUACUCUGCGUAUACAUUGGAACCGGUUCUUGCGAGCGCAGAUGGGCCGUGUCUGAACAUGUACUCGGAUGUUGAUGAUCUUUCUGGUCUGGAACUCGAAGUCCCCUCUGAAGGUAUGAUCUCUCCCUCUGAGGUCAUUCUCCAUCAUUCUCUUACUGUACCCGGAAAUCUUCGAGCGGUGAAACGACUUUUGAUUGAGAAGAGCUGGGAGAUCGCGUUUGCUGAUGGGGAUAUCACUGUUGAAGAUGCGAAGAACCUGGCCCUCGAGUCAGCUCGGUCGCUCUUUGAUGGGAAAGCUCCUGUCGUGGUGGCUCGCAUCCAGCCUGCAACCAUUACACAAGUUCCUUACCAAAAGACGCCCAACCUCGAAGAAUGCGUCAAACCUAGUCUGCCCCAUGGACCCGGAAAUCGCUGCUUUCGAGAAGUCCUCCCCAUCAUCUUACCGCACCUUCACAUCAACUAUGAGCAUGCGACAUUUCUUUACCAUGCUCCUUACAUCUCCAACUUGAGAUACCCACCCAGGCUUUACUCAGAUCUCGCCUCUUUCGCCGAUGCUCAUCCCAACGACAAGUUCAAUGCCACUGCAAUGCUCCUCGCUACUCAACUCUGGGUCAGCAUUGUGGACAGCCCUACCAAGCUGCAGGAGCCUCACGUCAAGGAGCCAGUUCCCGACGUUUCGCUGGCCGUGUUCUUAGUAUACUUCGAACACUGGCUGAAGAUUCACGAGCAUCUUCAGUGCAUCGCCUUCGCUCACCCUUUUCGAGUGAUACAACUCAUGUACACCAAUGAUCUUCUGACCGGGGAUGGUUGUGCUUUCAUCAUCGAUGAGUCUGCUGUUGCUUCAGGCCGAGUGCGUGAUCUUCUUUACCAGGCUACAGUGAUUGAUCCCAAGAUUCUUGUGGAUGAACGCAUGGACCUCUUUCCCUUCAUGAUAAAUGGGACCAAGAUGGUGCUCCCACAGAACGCAUCUAACUAUUUUCGCCUACCUCCGACUGAAUUGGCGUUGCUUGGGAUGCCAGAUCUUCGAAUCCUGAGCUAUCCAUCCCUAUCGACCACGAACAGAGUCAAGAUUGAAAUCGCGAUGCCCAGCGCUAUUGAUCAGAUAGCCUUCAGCGAAAUCAAUCGUCAUUACGUCUAUGUGGGUUUCAAUAUGAAUGAUGUGACAUCUCUGUUCGGAAGCAGCCUGAAGUCUGGCACUAUCUGGACACAUGAGUUUCAAGCGUACACAUGCGGGCCAGGUCUCCCGAUCGAAGCGUACAUCAGGCCAGAAAAGAUUGAUGUAUGGCCUCAAGUUCUUGAUCGACGCAUGGCCUGGCUUCAGACCCUGGGUGUUUUGGGGAAAGUUCGAGUUCGGACAGGCAAGGACGGUCUGCCUAGCUAUCAUGGCAUGCCAUUGGAGAAAGAAAGCCGCAAUAUCGACGAUGCGGCUAUGAAGAACAUGGUAAACCGCGCACUGGAGGAUCCUAGGAACAGGCUUGGGGAUGGAGCUGAAAGGCAUAUGGAAUGCUGA